CUUUUUGGGAGCUAUUUUGAGUUGAGCACCACACCAGUUACUUUUGAAAAUGUAAACCGUUUUCAAAUUCGGCAGCUGAGUCUUUCAGUCAGAUUAGAUUAGAUCAGAUUGGAGUUCUUUUUAGUAUUAAUUUAAUGAAAACUACAAAUUUAAGAUUUUGGUUGAAUUGGCCAGCAGACAUCAGCUGAAUAGUUUUGUAAAGUAAAGUAUUUGAUAAAGUUUAUUACGUUUUCUGUGUUUUUGCUAUUUGCUACUUUUGUCACAUGCUAUGUGUUGCCUUGUUAUGUUGUUUUAGCAGCUGAUUUGCAGCUGUAAACGCAAACAACCAAUAACAAGUCGUCAUAUUAUUACUGAUACUCAAACUUGACCAAAGUCUGUCCCUAUCUGCUACUUCCCUGAUGUCUCAUUUCAUUACUUUAACUCAUCAGUUGAGGUUUAUAUCAUAGUCAUAACGUAAUGAAACGUUUUAGCCUACAUUUCAUUUCUACUUUGAAAAAAAGAAAACCUCACUUCCUUUCCGUCAUGAUUUUCUGCCCGCAGGCUGCGUGUCGACUUCCACCAAUCAGAACGUUCUUCCAUCCAUUCUCAGCCAAUGGGAGGCCAGCAGGUUAUGACGGCGUCAGUGGGUGUGACCCCGCAGGAGGAAGCGUCAAGCCACCGAACAAUAUAACAAAGUUUUAAGAUGAUGGCCUACAAGACUGUGGACGGUGGGCCGUGGACAGGAUGUGCCGUCCUGUUCCUGCGCUCCCUCUGUCCUGGUGUGAACCUGCUCUCCCUCUUCAAAGACAGAGAACAGGGAAAGUUCGUCGUCUUUAAAGUCAUCAAGCUGACCCUCACAGAUUCUGCCGGAGGUCUGGGUGGUCACGAGAUACUCAAGAUCCAUGACGCCGACCCGUUUCUGGGGGUGGAGGUGAAGUUCAACGACAUGUUGGCGUGUCGGCAGUUCCUGGAGAGCUACAGCUCAGGGGCGGUGCGUCAGUCCCUCUCUCAACACGCCGGGCGACUUCUCACACUUCCCCAGGAGUUCACCGUGGAAACUCAGCUCAAGGCCAGCGCACACAUCCUGGACCUCUGUCUGGACCAGCUGGAGCUCUGCCUGCAGCACGUCCACCUGUCGCAGCCCGAGCGCCUGCGCGAUGAGGAGAUUGAACAUCUGGAGAAGCAGCUGGAGAUUCAGGCCCGCGGCUCUGAACCUCAGCCUGACCCCCCCACACAGGAAGAGUGUCCCGUCCCCAGCCACUGCUUCAAGUUUCAGAAUAAAGUGUUUGAGGACCGAAUGCUGACGGGGGGAGACGUUCAGAGCUUUUCUAGCGGCGUGGGCCGUCAGUGGAAGCACGUAGGGAGGGCCCUGGCUAAGAGCUGCCAGGCUCUGAAGGGUCCGGCCAUAGACAACCUGGCCUACGAGUACGAGAGAGAAGGGCUGUACGAGCAAGCCUAUCAGCUGCUCAGCCGCUUUAUCCAGGCAGAGGGGAGGGCGGCCAAGCUGAGCCGGCUGGUCAAAGCGCUGGAGGACUGCAAACUCACCAGCCUGGCUGAAAGUAUUCUGGAGAUUCAGCCACGAGAGUGACGGGUCGUUCUCCGGUUCAGCAUGUACGAGUUUUUAAAAAACUGAGGGGUAACGGAUCCUCUCAGCAUGAGGAUGGUUGACAUUGUCCUUCCUGGUUAUAAUAUACAGUACGUUAUUGAUUGAUUGUCUGUCAGUCAAAACCAUUCCUGUGUAUGUGAGAACACAUUAGAGCACAUCUGUGUAAAUCCAUUGAUAUCAUGAUUUGCUUUUCAAUUAUUAGUGGUAUUGUUUCAUUUAGAGGAAAUGAUCUGUUAUCACUGUUUAAUGGCCAUACUGUCUUGAGUUGCACUGUUCAAACUUUGGUCGUGCUUGCUGAAAUAUUUUAGAGAGGAAACCUUCAACCAUCAAAGGUUAUUCUUUCUUUUCUAAAAAAAUGGGUGCAUACAAAUUAAAUGGUUGUAUACAAAAAGUCAUGUUUGUGUUCAAUACAUUAGUGUAAUUAAAUCUGAAAACGUAAUUUUGUCAAAA